UUAACGCGUCAACGCGGAAGUUCUGGUUGGACUUGAGAGGUUCUGAGACACCGUCGGUCAACACUAAUAGUAGCUUAUUAGCUGCUAACUCGACUGAAACAUGUCCGGGAAGAACGAUGAGGGAGAAACUGCACUACCAUGUGUUCUAAUAACAAGCUGUGAUCCUGGGUUUAAAGAAGAGGAGCUUGUCGUGCAGAUCUUGGGAGCAUCAGCAUUACCAGAACCCACUAAAAAAGAGGAUGAUGUGGUUUGGCAUCCAUGGACAAUCAACAACAAAUACUACACUGCAAAUAUAAACCUUUGUGUCGUGCCAAGUCCGUUCAGCAUGAAUUUAGAAGUCGCCAGAUCCACACAGGCUUUCAUUGUCUACUUUGACAGUAAAACUAAAGAUGGUCUUACAGCUGUCACGCCGUGGGUUGCACUGGUGGAGGAAAUGGCUCCUGAGGUGCUCAUCUUGGUGUGUGAACAUGUGCGUGAAAACGGUGUAAGCAGACAAGAAGCUCAGCAGUGGUGCCUGGCUCAUGCAUUUGAACUGGUGGAGCUCAGUCCUGAGGAGCUGCCUGAUGAGGAUGAUGACUUUCCAGAGUCCACAGGAGUAAAGAGGAUCAUUCAGGCUCUCAAUGCUAAUGUGUGGUCCAGUGUGGAGAUGAAGGACGAACACAAUCAGGGAUUUGGUCUGAUGAGCAGCUUGGUUGCAUCUCGUCACAACAACCCACGAUCUGUAGCAGAAACACAGUGCCAGUCAAACCAUGCAGAUGAGAACACAGAAGGACAGAAGACAGGAAGCUGUGAGAACAGUACACAGGAAGUGGACUCAAUAGUAGACCCGAUGACUGACAUGGACAUUCAGGAGUUGGCCAACCUCACUGCUGGAGAUGCAGAUGUGGACAACUUCGAGCGUCUCUUUACUAAACUGAAAGAGAUGAAAGACAAAGCGUCUUCAAUGCCACAUGAGCAAAGGAAGGUGCAUGCAGAAAAGGUAGCCAAAGCAUUUUGGAUGGCAAUCGGUGGAGAUCAGGACGAGAUUGAGGGUCUGUCAUCAGGGGAGGAGAGCUAAAGCAGAAACCCUCUCCCCAGCAUCUGUUGCCCAUAAUCCUCCAGCACUGCCGUGUGAUUCGCAGCUUGUCUCCUGGGCACCGGGCUGUGGCAUCAAGAAAUAUGUGGGCAUGGCAGACAGGCUCCUCAUGAUAUUCUGGUUAUUACUCUCUCCAACACCAGCACCUUUGUCACCGAGUGCACAGCCAUUAUGGGCUGCUGGCUUUUAAACACUGUAAUCUAAGCUGAACGGGAGAGGGUGCGGCAGGCAGACUAAAAACUACACCAGAGAGGACCUCACCAAAAUCUUUAAGUCCAUCCUUGUGUUGCAUUGUUGCCCUAGGAGUGUGUGCAUGUGUGUAUAAGCUCUCUCUUGUUGUGAGGGCAGAACUUGUCCAUAAUUUUGUUCAGAAUAUAAAAGAUCAAAAUUAUGGAUAAUUCAGUGUGGUUGGUUGAUUGGCCAUUCAAAUAAUCUUGCAAUUUUUAUAGUCUCAAUCUGACCAAGCUUCACUUUUAAUAAUGAACAUUUCUGACAUACGAUUCAUUAAAUUGUCUUUGUGUAUAAAAA